UUUUUUGUCGCGACUAACCAUGCGUUUGUGCCGAAAGCGCGCGUAAAUACAAAAUUUGUUGUCUCCAUUGUGUCGUUUGAAAACGUACGUAUUAAAGUGAAAUGAGAAUCGUGUAAUCGUUAAAAUGGGCGAACAAACGUUUACCAUACCGGACGAUAAUCUGGAACAGCACAUUGUGACUUUGUUUGAGAAAUUGGAAAUUUUACGCCGGGACGCGAAUACGAAUGGGGACAAUUUGGCGGGCAGGAUUCCAGCUAGAUUAGAGCUGAGGACUUUGUCGCUGUGGAAGGCCGUGGUCGCAGAAUGUGUGGCGUCGUUCCUUUAUGUUUUCAUAGUGUGCGGGGCGGCCGGUGGGGCGGGCGUGGGCGCCUCAGCCUCUGCAGUCCUGCUAUCUACGGCACUGGCUUCAGGAUGUGCUAUAGCAACCCUCACCAUGUGCUUCGUUAAUAUCUCUGGUGCUCACGUGAACCCGGCAGUAUCGGCAGCACUGUGCAUCCGAAGGCACGUGUCUCCGCUCCGAGCCGCGUUGUACGUCAUGGCACAGUGCGGAGGUGCGAUCGCAGGAGCGGCCGCCAUUUACGGUGUAAGCGUGCCGGGCUACGGUGGAGGGCUAUCAGCGUCGCUGCCGGGCGGUGGCGCGGCGUGGGAGCGACUCGGCACGGAGCUCGUGCUGUCGGCGCUGGUGGCUGCGGCGUAUUUUGCCGCGAUGGAGCGACGGUGGACCGGAGCCGCCCCCGCCCUCCUGGGAGCGGCCUACUGUGCUGCGAGCUUCGUUUCGAUGCCAUCAUUGAAUCCGGCGCGGUCACUGGGACCAUCGUUUGUCCUGUCACGGUGGGAGAGCCACUGGGUGUGCUGGGUGGGGGGUCUCGGUGGGGGAGUAGCCAGUGCGCUUCUUCACGAGUGGGGCAGCCGAAAACGCCGCACGUCCUCCUCGCGGGCCUCAACACCACGAGAUCUGGACGAGCUGGACAAACCCGUGUUCCCUUCUGCCCAUCAUCAUUACCGGCCGUCGUAUUGCGCUGCAGCUCCUCGACCAGACACGGCGGAGCCUUUGUAUUCUGGAACUAAGUCUCUGUACUGCCGAUCACCGCCGCCCGCUAGACAUGCUUUGCACAGGUCGCAGUCGGUGUACAGUAAAGGCAGUUCGGCGACGAGCGGCGUGGCGAGCGCGGCCGCGGCGCCCCCCGCCCCGCUGCCGCUGCGCGCCCCCGCCCCUCACGCACACACGCACAACCAGAACGCGCAGAACGCACAGCGGGAUCCCCCUUACGGCGCCGCCAACGGAAUCAGACCCGGACCCGCAGGCGCCGCUGUCACAGAACGCCGCGAUUCGAUGUACGGAGUUCGUCGUCCGGAGGAUAACGCGUACGGCACGUACUCGCGAACGCACGCGAACGCGCUCGCGUACCGGCACACGCACGGCGAACAUUACUAGCGUUCGGCCGAGCGGCACAACAUUGCGCUGCUCUUCGACGUCUGAACUGUGUCAAGUACAUUUACAAGUUCAAUAGUGCUUUUUAUUUGGUAGUUCAAUUGCUACGUUUGAAUUUGAUGACGAAUUUCUCGUUAAUUCUAGUGUUUUCGAUCUACGGGCGAAAAAGGAUUGUGCGGUUUUAUGAAAUCACGGUAAAAGUGGAACUUUUUAUUGUUUUAGUGA